CCCUCUCUCGCACUAAAUCCCCGAACUCCUUUUCUUCCACAUCCAAUCAUCUCUUCCUCUCUCUUAAAAUUUUCUUACUUUCAGACUUCUCCAUUUCUUUCUUUCUAAUUUAGUCGAUCGUACGUACAGCCAUGACUCUGAUGACUCCUCCACCUUUGGAUCGCCAGGAGGACGAUGAGAUGUUGGUUCCACACACUGACUUCGCCAAUGGUCCUCAGCCAAUGGAAGCACAAGCAGAUACGGCUACCACAGUUGAUGCCCAGGCAGUUGAUGAUCCACCAUCUGCAAGGUUCACUUGGACAAUUGAGAAUUUUUCGAGACUUAAUACAAAGAGGCUUUACUCUGAAGUGUUCUAUGUUGGAGGUUACAAAUGGCGGAUUUUAAUUUUUCCAAAGGGGAACAACGUGGAACAUUUGUCAAUGUAUCUAGAUGUAGCAGAUGCAACAACUUUGCCAUAUGGGUGGAGUAGAUAUGCACAGUUCAGCUUAGCUGUUGUCAAUCAGAUUCAUAGCAAAUAUUCAAUUAGAAAAGACACGCAGCAUCAGUUUAAUGCACGGGAAAGUGACUGGGGUUUUACUUCAUUUAUGCUUCUUGGUGAAUUGUAUGACCCUAGUAGAGGUUAUCUUGUGAAUGACACAUGUGUAGUUGAAGCUGAUGUUGCGGUUCGAAGAGUUGUUGAUUAUUGGUCACAUGAUUCCAAAAAGGAGACUGGCUAUGUUGGACUUAAGAACCAAGGAGCUACUUGCUACAUGAAUUCUCUGCUUCAGACACUGUAUCAUAUUCCUUACUUUAGAAAGGCUGUGUAUCAUAUGCCAACAACUGAAAAUGAUAUGCCAUCAGGAAGCAUUCCUCUUGCUUUGCAGAGUUUGUUUUAUAAGCUCCAGUACAGUGAUACAAGUGUAGCAACAAAAGAGUUGACCAAAUCUUUUGGAUGGGACACAUAUGACUCUUUCAUGCAACAUGAUGUUCAAGAACUUAAUAGGGUUCUUUGUGAGAAACUUGAAGAUAAAAUGAAGGGAACUGUUGUGGAGGGAACAAUCCAACAGUUAUUUGAAGGACAUCACAUGAACUACAUUGAAUGCAUCAAUGUGGAAUAUAAAUCAACAAGAAAGGAGUCAUUUUAUGAUCUUCAGCUUGAUGUCAAAGGUUGUCGAGAUGUUUAUGCUUCUUUUGACAAAUAUGUGGAAGUGGAACGACUUGAAGGGGACAACAAAUAUCAUGCUGAACAACAUGGGUUACAGGAUGCUAGGAAGGGUGUCUUGUUUAUUGACUUUCCUCCUGUCCUUCAACUACAGUUAAAACGGUUUGAGUAUGAUUUUAUGCGGGAUACUAUGGUAAAGAUAAAUGACCGAUAUGAGUUUCCAUUGCAACUUGAUCUUGACAGAGAGAAUGGAAAAUAUUUGUCACCUGAUGCAGAUCGAAGUGUUCGCAAUCUGUACACUCUUCACAGUGUCUUGGUUCACAGCGGUGGAGUGCAUGGUGGGCACUACUAUGCUUAUAUCAGGCCAACCCUUUCAGAUCAGUGGUUAAAGUUUGACGAUGAACGGGUGACAAAAGAGGAUAUAAAAAGGGCAUUGGAAGAGCAGUAUGGUGGUGAAGAGGAGGUACUGGUGUUCAGAUCUUUACUUGUUAGUUCUUUUGAGUUAAUUUCAUGCUUGUUAGCUUUUUUAAUGUUGCUUUCUAAUAUUCUGCAGUUACCACAUGCAAAUCCUGGAUUCAACAAUUCUCCAUUUAAAUUUACAAAAUACUCAAAUGCAUAUAUGCUUGUGUAUAUACGUGAAAGUGACAAGGACAAAAUAAUCUGUAAUGUGGAUGAGAAAGACAUUGCCGAGCACCUCAGGAUAAGGUUGAAGAAAGAACAAGAGGAAAAGGAACAAAAGAAAAAGGAAAAAGCCGAGGCACACUUGUAUACUAUUAUAAAGGUUGCACGUAGUGAGGAUCUACUUCAACAGAUUGGAAAGGAUAUAUAUUUUGACCUUGUAGAUCAUGAAAAAGUUCCUAGUUUCCGUAUUCAGAAACAAAUGCCCUUUAAUCUUUUCAAGGAAGAUGUUGCCAAGGAGUUUGGAAUUCCAGUGCAAUUUCAACGUUUUUGGCUGUGGGCAAAGCGCCAAAACCACACUUAUCGACCAAAUCGACCACUGACUGCCCAGGAGGAAGCACAAUCAGUUGGUCAAUUGAGAGAGGUUUCCAAUAAGGCGAGUACUGCAGAGCUAAAGUUGUUUCUCGAAGUAGAACUAGGGAAGGAUUUGCGGCCUAUUCCUCUACCUGUCAAAACUAAAGAGGAUAUUUUUCUAUUCUUUAAACUCUAUGACCCAGUGAAAGAAGAGCUACGGUAUGCUGGGAGGCUAUUAGUGAAGAGUACUGGUAAGCCAGCUGAAAUAUUGACGAAACUGAAUGAAAUGGCUGGAUUUGCACCUGAUGAAGAUAUUGACCUUUUUGAGGAAAUAAAGUUUGAACCAAAUGUUAUGUGUGAACCCAUUGACAAGAAAUACACAUUUCGUGCAAGUCAGCUUGAAGAUGGGGACAUAAUUUGCUUCCAGAAGCCUUCUCAGGCUGCAAGUGGAGAACAAUGCCGCUAUCCAGAUGUUCCUUCAUUUUUGGACUAUGUGCAUAAUCGUCAGGUUGUUCGCUUUCGAUCUUUGGAGAAGUCAAAGGAGGAUGAGUUCUUCCUUGAGUUAUCAAAGGGUCACAAUUAUGAUGAUGUUGUGGAGAGAGUAGCUUGCCGUCUUGGCUUGGAUGAUCCAUCCAAGAUUAGGCUUACAUCUCAUAACUGUUACUCACAGCAGCCUAAGCCUCAGCCUAUCAAGUAUCGUGGAGUGGAUCGCUUGUCUGACAUGCUGGUCCACUAUAAUCAGACUACAGAUAUUCUAUAUUAUGAAGUACUGGAUAUUCCUCUGCCGGAACUCCAAGGCCUGAAGACAUUGAAGGUUGCUUUUCAUCAUGCUACAAAGGAUGAAGUUAUGAUUCAUACAAUUAGAUUGCCAAAACAGAGCACUGUCGGUGAUGUAAUCAAUGAUCUGAAGACGAAGGUUGAAUUGUCUCAUCCUGAUGCUGAACUUAGAUUGCUUGAAGUUUUCUAUCACAAGAUUUACAAGAUUUUCCCUCUCAAUGAGAAGAUUGAGAAUAUUAAUGAUCAGUAUUGGACAUUGCGUGCUGAGGAGAUUCCAGAAGAGGAGAAAAACAUUGGACCUCAUGAUCGUCUAAUUCAUGUUUAUCAUUUUACAAAAGACACAGCUCAAAACCAAGUGCAGGUUCAAAAUUUUGGGGAACCAUUUUUCCUUGUUAUUCAUGAGGGUGAAACAUUAGCGGAUGUUAAAGUGCGGCUUCAGAAAAAGUUGCAGGUUCCAGAUGAAGAAUUUGCAAAGUGGAAGUUUGCAUUUUUGUCACUGGGUCGACCUGAGUAUCUUCAGGAGUCAGACAUUGUAUCUAGUCGUUUUCAGCGAAGGGAUGUUUAUGGUGCUUGGGAGCAGUAUCUUGGGUUAGAACACACGGACAAUGCCCCUAAGAGGUCAUAUGCAGCCAAUCAGAACCGUCACACGUUCGAGAAGCCGGUAAAAAUCUAUAAUUAAGUUGGAUGAUUUACAGCUAGGGCGUCAGACAGAAUCCAUUAACCAGUGGCAUGUUGUGAAAAUAGCUGAGAAACCUGAACAGAGUCUGCCGUCUAUCACGGCAAAAGACAAUUACUGAGUACAUUCACGUGUGAUUCUUUCAGAGGUGUGGGGGAAGCCCAUAACUUACAUGGCGGAGACUGGAGAUAUAGGUCGGGCUUGUUUCUGACAUCCAUCUCUGUGGUGAGUAGAACGUUAGAAUUGAAGUUUAAAUUUUAAUUGUAGCUUAGUACAUAAGAUUUUGUGGUGGGGGGUUGUAUAGCGGGUAUAGUUGUGUGUUGAAAUUGCGCUACUUUUUAUCUGAAUCUCCCUUGGUGGCUUUAAUAGAUUUGGGAGCAUCUGGGGAGGUCUGUAUAAUUUCUGUCCUCGUGUGUUAUUUGGCCUUUCCAGGAUUUGUGCAAUAGAUUUUUCAUCAGCAGCA